GAGAGUAAUUGGAGGACAGAUUGCCAGCCAGGGGCAAAUGUGUAUAUAUUCGGAGAGAAUGCGCACUUGUGAAUGGCCCAGUCCUCCCCUCUGGCUUCAGGAAUUCAGCACCAGAACAGGGAAGAAGCGCCAGGGGCCAACCCCUCCUUGCUUUUGGACUCACGUGCCCAGGACCAGAGGGAGCUGUGAAGCGCAGAAGGAAUGGGGCGGCUGUUCUCUCUGAGCUGGGUGCUGCUGGCCGUGGUGGUAACCUCUUGGAUCAUCACAGCUGCAGCCAGCGAGUCCUCCUUAGAAGCCAGAAGGUGCUCUGAAUGUCACAGCAAUGCCACCUGCAUGGAGGACGGGGUCAUCACUACGUGCUCCUGCCGAGAUGGCUUCUCUGGCAAUGGGCUCGUGUGCGCAGAUGUGGACGAGUGUGCCAUUCCAGAGGCGCACAACUGCUCGGCCAACAGCAGUUGCGUGAACACGCUGGGCUCCUAUACGUGUGUGUGCGCCGACGGCUUCCUGCUGACGCCGGGGCUGGGCUGCACCGACGUGGAUGAGUGCGCGGAGCCUGGGCUCAGCGGCUGCCACGCGCUGGCCACCUGUGUCAACGUGGAAGGCAACUACUCGUGCGUGUGCCCCGAGGGCUAUGUGGGGGACGGCUGGCACUGUGAGUGCUCCCCGGGCUCCUGCGGGUGGGGGCUGGACUGCGUGCCCGAGGGUGAGGACGGGGAGCUCGUGUGCGCCGACCCGUGCCAUGCGUACCGCACCCUGGACCAGUACUGGCGCAGCGCAGAGUACGGCGCUGGCUACUCCUGCGACCAGGACCUGCACGGCUGGUACCGCUUCGUGGGCCAGAGCGGCGUACGCAUGGCCAACACCUGCGUGCCCACCCUGCGCUGCAACACGGCGGCGCCCCUGUGGCUCAAUGGCACGCACCCGUCCAACGACGAGGGCAUCGUGAACCGCACGGCCUGCGCGCACUGGAGCGGCCACUGCUGCAUGUGGCACACGCAGGUUCAGGCGAAGGCCUGUGAGGGUGGCUACCACGUCUACAACCUGACGCCACCCCCAGAGUGCCACUUGGCAUACUGCACCGAUCCCACUUCCGUGGAGGGGACAUGUGAGGAGUGCAGUUUGGAUGAGGACUGCAUAUCGGAUAAUGGUGGAUGGCACUGCCGGUGCAAACAGGACUUCAACAUCACCGAUGUCUCCCUCCUGGAACGCAGGCUGGAGUGUGGCGCCAGUGACAUCAAGGUGUCCCUGAGCAAGUGCCACCUGAAGAACCUGGGCUUCAAGAAGAUCUUCAUGUACCUGCGUGACAGCCGCUGCUCUGGUUUCAUGGAGAGGGGUGAACGGGACUGGAUGUCUGUGGUGACCCCAGCCCGGGAUGGUCCCUGCGGGACAGUGUUGACGAGGAACGAAACCCACGCCACCUACAGCAACACCCUCUACCUGGCAAAUGAGAUGAUCAUUCGUGACAUCAACAUCAAAAUCAACUUCGAGUGCUCUUACCCACUGGACAUGAAAAUCAGCCUGAAGACUUCCCUGCAGCCCAUGGUCAGUUCCCUGAAUAUCAGCGUGGGUGGGACGGGCCUGUUCACCGUGCGGAUGGCGCUUUUCCAGAGCCCUGCCUACACACAGCCCUACCAAGGGCCCUCAGUGACGCUGUCCACGGAGGCUUUUCUCUACGUGGGCACUAUGCUGGAUGGAGGUGACCUGUCCCGGUUUGUACUGCUAAUGACCAACUGCUACGCCACACCCAGUGGCAAUGCCACAGACCCCACAAAAUACUUCAUUAUCCAGGACAGAUGCCCACGCACUUCGGACUCAACUAUUCAGGUGGUGGAGAAUGGGGAGUCCCCUCAGGGCCGAUUUUCCAUCCAGAUGUUCCGGUUUGCUGGAAACUAUGACCUAGUCUAUCUGCACUGUGAAGUGUACCUGUGUGACACCGUGAAUGAGAAAUGCAAGCCUGCCUGCACUGGGACCAGAUUCCGAAGUGGGGUCUUCAUAGACCAAACCCGUGUCCUUAACUUGGGUCCCAUCACAAGGAAAGAUGCCCAGGCCACAAUCUCAAGCGCCGCUUCCAGCAGCUUGGGGCUCCUGAAGAUCUGGCUGCCUCUGCUUCUCUCGGCCACCUUGACCCUGACAUUUCAGUGAUCAGUGGUGUGAAACCCCGUGCUUGGUGGCUCCCAGCUCACUUCCUGCCGGCCAGGAGGGGAGGUGCCGGCAAGUGCUCACCCUUCCAUCAACCUGCUCGUUUUCACCCCUACUCCCUGCUUUGGAAAAACAGCCUGUGGCCUUCGAUUCUGCUCGCUCUCAGGAUGGGACUUGUGACUUGCCUGCAUGUGAGGCCCUGUUUCCUUAAAGAGUGUAGCAAAAUGAUAAUUAAAAAAAAUAGCCUUGGAAGUCA